AAUGGAAAUUAAGUACAACAGAUCAUUAAGUGGAGUUCCUGAAAAUCAAUAGUAAUAACCUUUAAAAAGAAUUACUAAGACCUAUAUAGAAAACAGAGACCCUGUAAGAAAGAAUCUAACUAUGUUGUAUAAUGAAGGUAAAUCCAUUAAGUAUAAAACAAAGACACUCAAUAAAUCAAUAAGUCAAUGCUAAGUAGUAACAAUGACUUAAGAAGGAAAAUGCUUAAUUAAGAGAGAGUAAAGAGAUCUUUGAAUCAGGAUGUAUUGGAAGAUAAAGAAAAUGUACCCCAACACAAAGGACUUACAACCAAACUCUAUACUCUACCUCAAGAAUUAUAGAAUAUUACAUUUAAGCCAAAAUUUGAUCACACUAUUCAAGAAAAUAAAAAUCUGUAAAAGUUUUACACAGAUGAAAUAUUUUUCUAUUUAAAAGAAUAAGAAGUAUUUAACAAUAAAAAUUAUUUAGAAAAAAUCAACACCAUUAGAAUUUCUAAAAAAUCAUACAAUUCCUAGUAAUUUAAGAGCUAAAAUGAUUGAUUGGAUGGUAGAAGUACUUUGUUCUUAUAAAUGCACUGAUUAAACAUUUUUUGUAGCAGUGAGAACUUUAGAUUUCUAUUUUGCAAAAAAUGAAAAAUAAUUAGAAAUAUCUGAUUUACAUUUAUGUGGUGUCACAUCUAUGUUUAUUGCUGCAAAAUAUGAAGAAAUUCAUCCUAUGAAAUUAUCUGUUGUUUAUGAAAAAAUAGGUCAUAAAAAAUUAACAACUGAUUAAAUAAAAAAAAGAGAAAGUGAAAUAUUAUAAACUAUUGGAUUUGAUCUAGUUGGUGGAACACUUUAUGAUAUGUACAAUCUAAUACUAACAAAUUGUUUUAUUGAAUCUAAAUUACUUGAGAAAAAUUACAAAUAUUUAAAAAAAUUAUGUUUGUAUCUUUCCAAAAUGGUUUUGUAUGAUUAUGAAAUAUGUGGCAAGAAUAAUUAUACAUUAUUAUCUGCUGCUUUAAUAUUUGUUGCAUUCAAAAUAGUUGAAUAAUUAGAAACUACUUUUAAUGCUGAUAGUUAAGUAUAUAAUUUUAUUUAUAUCAAUAGAUUAAAGAUGUUGCUUAAAUUAUUUAAGUUGAUUAAGAUUAGUUAGUAGAAGUUGCAGCAAAAAUCUUAAAUUUAGCUAAAAACUUUGAGAAACACUUUCCCAAUUUAGAAAAUUUAAAAAAAUUUAAUGGAUUUUAGUUAGAAGAUGAUGAAUAAUGA